CAAUAAAAGAGGGGCAUUCAAGCAUGCAUGGCCUUGAUUCAAGUCCCUGAGAAAACACCGACCCUCAGAUUUUCCUCUCCUCCCCAAGCCAUGAAGCUAGGCGUGGCGUCACCGGCGGGCGUGUGGGUGGUGGUGGUGGUCGUGCUGCUGGGCGUGGGCGUCGAGCAGCCGCCGGGUACGGAGGGGGCUGCGGCGCCACACGGCUGCUGCCGCCGAGGACGCUUCGCCGCCGUGGCUUUGGGCUUCAUCGGGGGGUUCGUGGUCGGACGCCACGGCGGGCACCACCACGGCGGGUGCGGGGGCUGUGGGGGCGGCUGCGGCGGCUGUUAUGGCGGUUGCGGGUGGUGCGGCGGCGGCCACUACGGCAGGAAGAGGAGGAGUCUGGACGAGGCGAUGGGCAAGGAGAAGCUCGAGGAUCUCUACGGACAGAUCGCCGCCAAGGACAAGGACCAGUGUGGGCUGCGGCUGGUGUGUGAACUGGCGCAGAAGGACCAGCUCGACCUGACUGACAGCGAGGUCACCAUCCUGCUGCCCUUCUGGGGUCGCGAGGAGAGUGACGAGCAGAGCUUCUACGGGCGGUACGACAAGGCGGUGUGGCACGGGCAGCAGGAGGACCCUGCAAGGAGCUCUUCCUGUGCCCCUACUCCGCCGCCUUCAUCAUGA